AUUUCGCCGACUUUCCGAGUUGUUUUUCCGACUUGAGGAUGCAUUAACUUCAGUAUUACCAGCGGGGAUCUCAUUUCUCCGAUUAUUUCUCCACCACCUGAAUGCAACAAGCCUCUGUAUCCUCCGUCCCUCUCGGCGGUACCCGGAUGAUCCAGUUGAACACACAGCAUCCUCCGCCGCAAGACAUCCCGUUGAUUAACAGCAUUAUAUAUAUAUAUAUAUAUAUAAAUGGGGCGCAGGAAGUCAAAGAGAAAGCCGCCUCCGAAGAAGAAGAUGACUGGUAACCUGGACGUCCAGUUCACCUGCCCGUUCUGUAACCACGAGAAAUCCUGCGAUGUCAAAAUGGAACGAACGCGAAACACAGGAAUCAUAUCGUGCAGCGUUUGCUUGGAGGAGUUCCAGACCCCUAUAACCUAUCUGUCCGAACCGGUGGAUGUGUACAGCGAUUGGAUCGACGCCUGUGAAGCGGCCAAUCAGUAGCCUUGUUUUUUUGUCCUGUGACUCCUCCCCUUCCCUUUAACCUCACGCACUUCACAUUUCAGCCCUGUGAUUGGUCGGCUAAAUCAGCUCCUGUUCAGCCAGCACAACGUAGCAGAAUCUCGCCAGACGAUUGGAGCUUUACAGGAUGUUUUUUUGCACGCCAGAUGUUUAAGAAGUUUAAUUUGGCGCCAGCGUGGCGCUGCCGAAAUCCUUGGCAGGGCCGGAGGGCCACUAUAGAGAGCCGAAGUCCCGCCCCCUUCUACUUCCGGCCAAUGGGACCUAUCUUUCGAAAAAAAUAUGAACGAGGG